GAAGUUCAAGAGGCCGCGCUGCUCCUUCUCCCGCAUUCACUGGGGAGUCUUGCUCUGCAAGUGCAGUUGCAGGCGGUUCGGGAGCGCAGCCCCAGACCAGCCGCCCGCCGCUUCUGUGCCUCUGCAUCUGCCACCGUGGGUCCCAAGUUCCAGUGACUUCUGUCCCACCCUCUCCGCUCUGCUCCCCGUGUGUCCUGAAGAAAGGGGACCUGCUCCCGAGAUUUUCCACGGCAAAGUUAACAUGUUGACUGGAAGUGUAAUGUUACAGGUGAUGAUAGCAUUUGAAGACCUGGCUGUGUACUUUACCUGGGACGAAUGGCAGAACAUGAACAAUGCUCAGAAAAUCCUGUACAGAGAUGUGAUGCUGGAGACCUACAGCAGCCUCUUCUCCUUGGGGCACUGCAUUACCAAACCUGACUUAAUCUUCAAGUUGGAGCAAGGAGAAGAGCCAUGGAUGGUGGACAAAUGCUUGAAUCAGAGCCUUUCAGUGGUCAUGAAAAUGGAUGACCUGAUUAAGAUCAACCAGGAAAGUCAGGACAAAAAUCUGAAUCAGGAUUUUAUGAAAAAUAACAAGACAUCAGCUCACAAGAGAGUUGAAUUAAGAAAAACCCUUAGUUUAAAUUCAAGCCAUAUUCCAACAAUGAUUAUUAAAAAGGGAAUCUAUUCAGGAUUGAAGCCUGAGGAAUGCAAUAAAUGUCACACUGUGUAUCCCCACAGUGGGCCUGAUCAACUACAGGCUGGAGAGAAAUUUGAUAACACUAAGAUACCUGGAAAAUCUCUCCAGUUCUGUGAGCCUCUUAGUCAGUAUGACAAUAUCCACAUCAUGAAGCAGCCAUUUGGACCCACUGGACAAGCAAAAGUCUUCACAAGAAAGAUGUUCUGUAAAUCUGAGAGGGUUCAUAUGGCAGAAAACUGUAAUAAAUCAACUGUCACUUUUGGAAAAGCAACUCAAAUAGAAAAGGCUAUCCAUGAAAAUUCUAGCCUCAAUAUGCAUCAACAAACUCACACAAGAAAGAAAUUUUAUAAGUACAUUAAGUAUGUUGAACCUGUCAUUCACCAGUCACAUCUUGCAAUAAAUCACAGACUAAAUACAAGGGAAAAACUUUACACAUGUAACCCUUGUGGAAAAUCACUCAGUAUUAAUUCACCUUAUGAAUGUAAUGACUGUGGAAAAGCCUUUGGACAAAAGUCCGUCCUCAGGAAAUGUCAACAAAUUCACACAAGAGAGAAACCACAUGAAUGUAGUGAUUGUGGAAAAGCCUUUACACAAAAGUCAUACCUCAUAAACCAUCAGCGAAUUCACACAGGGGAGAAACUUUAUAAAUGCCUUCAUUGUGGAAGAGGCUUUCUGUGGAAGUCAGCCCUCAUCAUACACCAGAGAAUUCACACAGGGGAGAAACCUCAUGAAUGUAAUGACUGUGGAAAAGCCUUUGGAUGCAAGUCACACCUCAUCAUACACCAGCGAAUUCACACAGGGGAGAAACCUCAUGAAUGUAAUGACUGUGGAAAAGCCUUUGGACGAAAGUCACACCUCAUGAAACAUCAGCGAAUUCACACAGGGGAGAAACCUCAUAAAUGUAAUGACUGUGGAAAAGCAUUUGGACAAAAGUCACACCUCAUCAUACACCAGAGAAUUCACACAGGGGAGAAACCCCAUGAAUGUAAUGACUGUGGAACAUCCUUUGGACACAAGUCACACCUCAUGAAACAUCAGCAAAUUCACACAGGGGAGAAACCUCAUGAAUGUAAUGACUGUGGAAAAGCCUUUGGAUACAAGUCACACCUCAUCAUACAUCAGAGAAUUCACACAGGGGAGAGACCUCAUGAAUGUAAUGACUGUGGAAAAGCCUUUGGAUACAAGUCACACCUCAUCAUACAUCAGAGAAUUCACACAGGGGAGAAACCUCAUGAAUGUAAUGACUGUGGAAAAUACUUUGGACACAAGUCACACCUCACCAUACACCAGCGAAUUCACACAGGGCAAAAACCUCAUGAAUGUAAUGACUGUGGAAAAGCCUUUGGACAGAAGUCACACCUCAUGAAACAUCAGCGAAUUCACACAGGGGAGAAACCUCAUAAAUGUAAUGACUGUGGAAAAGCCUUUGGACAAAAGUCAGACCUCAUCAUACACCAGAGAAUUCACACAGGGCAGAAACCUCAUAAAUGUAAUGACUGUGGAAAAUCCUUUGGAUGCAAGUCACACCUCAUCAUACACCAGCGAAUUCACACAGGGGAGAAACCUUAUGAAUGUAAUGACUGUGGAAAAGCCUUUGGACGCAAGUCACACCUCAUGAAACAUCAGCGAAUUCACACAGGGGAGAAACCUCAUGAAUGUAAUGACUGUGGAAAAGCCUUUGGACGCAAGUCAGACCUCAUGAAACAUCAGCGAAUUCACACAGGGGAGAAACCUCAUAAAUGUAAUGACUGUGGAAAAGCCUUUGGACGCAAGUCACACCUCAUCAUACACCAGCAAAUUCACACAGGACAGAAACCUCAUAAAUGUAAUGACUGUGGAAAAGCAUUUGGACGCAAGUCAGACCUCAUGAAACAUCAGCGAAUUCACACAGGGGAGAAACCUCAUGAAUGUAAUGACUGUGGAAAAGCCUUUGGACGCAAGUCACACCUCAUCAUACACCAGCAAAUUCACACAGGACAGAAACCUCAUAAAUGUAAUGACUGUGGAAAAGCAUUUGGACAAAAGUCAGACCUCAUCAUACACCAGAGAAUUCACACAGGGGAGAAACCUCAUGAAUGUAAUGACUGUGGAAAAGCCUUUGGACGCAAGUCAGACCUCAUGAAACAUCAGCGAAUUCACACAGGGGAGAAACCUCAUGAAUGUAAUGACUGUGGAAAAGCCUUUGGACGCAAGUCACACCUCAUCAUACACCAGCAAAUUCACACAGGACAGAAACCUCAUAAAUGUAAUGACUGUGGAAAAGCAUUUGGACAAAAGUCAGACCUCAUCAUACACCAGCGAAUUCACACAGGGGAGAAACCUCAUGAAUGUAAUGACUGUGGAAAAGCAUUUGGACAGAAGUCACACCUCACCAUACACCAGCGAAUUCACACAGGGGAGAAACCUCAUGAAUGUAAUGACUGUGGAAAAGCCUUUGGACGAAAGUCAGACCUCAUGAAACAUCAGAGAAUUCACACAGGGGAGAAACCUCAUAAAUGUAAUGACUGUGGAAAAGCAUUUGGACGAAAGUCACACCUCAUCGUACACCAGAGAAUUCACAUGGGACAGAAAUCUCAUGAAUGUAAUAACUGGCAAAGCCUUUGGACACAAGUCACACCUCAUGAAACAACAGCGAAUUCACACAGGGGAGAAACCUCAUGAAUGUAAUGACUGUGGAAAAGCCUUUGGACACAAGUCAUACCUCAUAUUACACUAGAGAAUUCACACAGGGGAGAAACCUCAUAAAUAAUGAUUGUGGAAAAGCCCUUGGCCGUAAGUUAGGCCUCAUGAAAAAUCAGCGAAAUCACACAGAGCAGAAACCUCAUGAAUGUAAUGACUGUGGAAAAGCCUUUUGACAAAAGACAAAACUCAUAUCACAGCAGAGAAUUCACACAGGGUAGAAAACUCAUGAUUGUAAUAACUGUGGAAAGCAUUUAGCCAUAAGUCAACCUUCAUCAUGCAUCAGGGAAUUCACACAGGGCAGAAACCUUAUGAAUAUAAUGACUGGAAAAGCCUUUGUACAAAAUCAAACCUCAUAAUGCACCAGAGAAUGCACACAGUGUUGAAACUUCAUGAAUGUAAUGACUGUGGAAAAACUUGAUUUUAAAUUCCAACUCCAAAUGCAUCAGAGGAUUCACACAGGGAAAUAACCUUAUAAAUGUAAUGACUGCGUAAAAGCCUUUUUCUAUAAGUUAUAUCAAAACAGAAUUCACACAGGGCAGAAACCGUAUAAAUCUAAUGAGUGUGGAAAAGCCUUUAUAAAUCAUAUGUUGUAAAUCAUAGCUCAUAUCACACCAGAGAAUUCACAUAGGAGAGAAACUUCAUGAAUGCAAUGACUGUAGAAAAGCCCUUGGCGAUAAGUCACAUCUCAGAAUGCAUCAGAAAAUUCACAUGAAAAGAAACCUUUUGGACAUAAUGACUUGGAAAGCUUUUUCCCAUAGUUCAGCCCUCAUUGUACAUCAUCUAAUUCAUAUGUGGGAAAACACUUUGUAUAUAAUGCAUAUGGAAAAGCCUUUAUCCAUAAGUAACACCCCAUAAAACAUCAGAAUUCACAUGGGGGAGAAACCAUAUGAAUGGAAUGAGUGUUGGAAAACUAUGCCAAUAUCACACAAUAUAACAUCGAGAAUUUAUUUCAUGGUGGAAAUCUUGUAAUAAAUGUGGGAAAGCCUUUAGUCAGAAGGAAUACCUCAUAACACAUGUAAUUCAAACAAGGGAUAGAAAUUAAGAAUAUAAUGAAUGUGAAGGACUUUUUCCAAAAUCAACAUAACCAUGUGACAGAGCCAUUUGCUGGAAAUUACAUCCCAUACAAUAGGUACUCCCAUAAGGAAGAAAGGUUGGGACCAGCGCUGUGGCACAGUAAGUUAAAGCCCUGGCCUGAAAUGCCAGCAUACCAUGUGGGCACUGGUUCUAGUCCCAGUUGCUCCUCUUCUGAUCCAGCUCUCUGCUAUAGCCUGGGAAAGCAGUAGAAGAUGGCCCUGCACCCAUGUGGGAGACGCAGAAGAAGCUCCUGACUCCUGGCUUUGGAUUGUGGCAGCUCCAGCCAUUGCAUCCAUCCAGGGAGUGAACUAGUGGAUGGAAGACCUCUUUCAGCUUCUCUGUCUCUCUAUAACUCUUUCAAAUAAAUAAAGUAAAUCAUUAAAAAAUGAAGAAGUUCGGAAAUAUUAUUAGUGUUACAAAAAGCCAUUUGUCAGAAAUCGAUCAUUAUACAUCACAGAAUUCACACAAGGGGUUUCUUAGGAGUGUAAUGAAUGCGGAAGUAUAUUUUCAUGGAAUUCAGGCUUGCAUAAAUAUGCAACUCAAAAAAGGUCAUAUCCUUCAAGUGCAAUAGACCUCAAAAAACCAU